AUGCGCAUCCUACCAAACCUCACCCUCCUCGCCUCCCUCACCACCACCAUCCUUGCCGACCCCAUCCCCCCCAAUACCGGACCAAGCCCAGCCCCAGCCCCGACUCCUCGAUCCUCAACCACCCCCUCCCGACCGCCAACAACAACAACAACACCCCCCCAAAACCAAACCCCACCCCCACCCCCAACCCCCAGCAGCCCACGCAGCAACCCCAACACCGCCAGCGGUAUAACCCCCCCACUAUUCGCCUCCCUCGAACGCGCCGCCCGCCUCGUCGACAUCACCUACUGUGUCGGCACGACCGGCAUCUCCCCGCCCUUCUCAUGUGUCUCGCGCUGCCGCGACUUCCCCUCGCUGCGCCCUGCUGCGGACGAGUAUGUCCCGUAUCCGGCUCCGCCUGGGGAGGGCGGCGAUAAUGGGGAUGGGAGGUGCGACAACUGCACCGUGCAUAUGGGCUUCAUGGCCUCGUGGCGGAAUGCCCGCGAGGUGGUCAUCCCCGCGCUGGGGCCGCGCGGGAGAAGUAUCCCGGUUACAGGGCUAGGGGAGGGGGAUCAGGGCGAGGACGUGGCCUACCGCCGUGUUACGCAUGUGGGCGACCCGGUGCCGCUGCUGCCGUUGACAGAGUGGGGGUAUCGGUCGCAUGCCGGAGAGAUUUACAUUGAGAAGUCGAAUCUACCCCCCGGCCCGGAGGACUUGAGGUUGUGUCGCGGUGACAACGACUCGAACUGUAUGGGCGGGGCCGAGACGGCCGACUGGCUACACUCUACCCUCAGGCCAGAGGAGGCUGAGCUCCCAGGAUCAUCCUCUCAGUGGAGACGGGGAUGA